AUGAUAGACACGCCAGAAAAGAUUUUGGAUGUUUUGAGAGAGGCAUACGGCGAGCGGAGAGAUGUUAUAGACAUUAUCACCAGUUUUUAUAACCGCCGACAGCAGAGUGAGGAGGCGGUCAUCGAAUAUGCUGCGACACUGAGAAAUUUACAGGCGAAAGCAAAUCGCCUGCUGAGCGACGCCAUCUCCAGUACACACCUGGCGACACGCUUUGUGAAAGGACUUAAACACAGCCAGCGAUGGUGGAGGGGCAGAAGGCGAGGUUUCUGCAGGUGGUUCAACGUGGCAAAGGGAUGGGGAUUCAUCACACCUGAUAAUGGCGAUCAAGACGUCUUUGUCCACCAUUCAGUUAUUCACAAGGCAGGCUUCCGCAGCCUAUGCAAAGGUGAAUUGGAAUUUGAACCCAGACUGUCAUACAAGAGCAUUGAAGCCACGUUCGUCUGUGGUAUCGGAGUAGUGAAAUGCCGAGUCAGUGAUCGCCGGCCGAUUCCAAAGGAAAAGUUUCAAAGCAAGCCGGUGCAACUACAACAGCGACAACCACAACGACGGCAGAGCCAAGCAGAACUGCAACAGGACAGAUUCCAUGGGCGGAGCGGCCGGAGUACCUGUAAUACCACCAGCCGGCCAGUUGUUGAUGACAGUGCUGUGUACACAGUCAGGCCCCUUGUUGACGGCCAUGCACUGACCCUCAAAAGCGACAACAGAGCAGUGAAGUCGUCUCUGCAGUUAGAGGACAGUCAACUGCCGGAGACACAGAAUUGUCAGGACUACGACAGUGACCAAGAAACUCCGUUCUGGUAUGGUACCCUUCCACCCCAUCAAGCGAGAACUAUAGUGAUACCAAAAGUGACAGUGCCUGUGGUGCCAGAUGUUGUACCAGAAGCGACAGUGUGUGUGCUGCCAGAUAUGACAGUACCAAAAGUGACAGUGCCUGUGGUACCAGAUAUGACAGUGCCUGUAGUUCCAGAUAUGACAGUGCCUGUAGUGCCUGAUAUGACAGUAACUGUGAUUCCAGACUGCAGUAUCCCAGCCGCACAAAUCGCAGCGGUUUGCUGUUAGACAGGCAAAAACCUCACAUGUGUAGAAAACGGUGUGUGACACUAUUCAUUGAUACUGUAGAUAACAUAGAUGUGUUGUAAGCUUUGAUUAGUUUGUUUUGAUAUUUUGUUUAUUUUCUUCUUGUUUUGCCACGGCUGAGCCUACGAAAUGUCAUUGACAAGAAUGACACACGAGACAUUGACGGAAUGCCUGCCCUUAUCAUAUAUGCCUCAGCAGCAACAGAUGUUCUGUAGAAGUUUAAAGUAUUGGCGGUCCCUCGUAAGCAUAUUAGGCGAGCUUGUAUACCAGCCCUAGUAUUGCUAGCAAAAGCUCAUCAGCGAGGGCGGUGUUAGAGAAAGAGUCGGCGGGGAUGUAGAGGGCCGGUAGUCCGGCGUUGUUAGGCAGAAAAUGCUGAUGCAUGCGGGAAUAGUGCUGAUGCAUAAGACCGCGAAAAGGUACCCACCCGAGAGGUAAACAAGGGCAGAGCUGAGACGCAAGGCCAGGGGAGAAAACUGCGAAGUGAAAACGCGAGACAAGGGACGUAGCCGUGACUGUGGAUCUAUUGGCAUUAAAAGAAUUGUGCAACUGCUGACAGGUUCCUGCCUUUCUGAUUUGAGUGCUGGACUGUUGUGCUCACUGUUCGACUCCCCUCACCACACACCACUUGGUUACAAAUGCAAGGAAGCUCAACUUUCGCGAAAGUGCUUCCACCUUGAGGCAAUUUCAAACUAGAGAGAGGGACAGGAAGGGAUGAGGAAAUCAGAAGACCCGGAGCUAUCUCCCGACGCCAGUCCCGCGGACAGGUGACACAUACAGAGCGUGUCCCGAGACGGGAUCUGAACCCUGUGAGUUCACGAGCCUCAUCCCCCGGACUAUGUUUUGUGAUAUCUGUGCUUUAUUUCAAGCGAUUGUCGCUCAGUGGGGUGUUGGCCUUUAACACCUGAAUCUUAUACGAGAAGCGUGUUAUGAAGAUAAUGUGUUCUGAGUGCACACGUGUGUUGUGUUUGAGAACGUUUGUCUUGGUGGUCACGUGGUGCUACUGGUUGAACACUACUACACCUGCUGGCAACACGUUUGUGGAAAGUCAUCAAUGACACUGAGAAUAUUUGUGGACUUUCUGUAUACUUUAAUAUCAAAGACUCGAGCUCUCUGACAGUGUGGUAUACAGAAGUCAUUUGUAAAUUGCAUAACAGGAGUUGAUCAACAAUAUAUUGUAUGGCUAUAUAAGCCAGGAAUGUGUAUACAGUGUACCUUUAGUUAAUAAAUAUGCUAGUAUAACCUUAAGUUAUACAAGUAUCUCUGAAAUAGGAGUGUAUU